UGGCCACGUGCAUGCUGCAGCUGCGCACAUGCACACGGCAUUUAUCAGUGAUGUUAUUGGCUACACCGGCCAAAAAGAUCCAAUUACCAAUAAUGUUAAUUUUCCUUUUAUUGGUGCCAAUCCAAUAUGGACCAAUAUCUCUGCUAAAUGCUGCUGGUGCACAGCUGUUCUUUCCAUUUGAUGCUAAGGUUCUAAUUUAAAACUAAAUUUUGGUGUUUUAUAUAUUUGAAAUCUCACUGACUUUUGGGGUGACGUAGAUUUCAACAGAUAAGUAGAGGACAGAAUUUCACAUUGACAAAUAUUGUAAACUGAUGUGUUAAUAUGAGAGGUUAUUUAAAUUCCUUUGGUUUGAUGAAGAUUGUCAUGUGUGUCAAAGCAUCUACUCACUGCUGCAGAGUUUGUUCUGAAAUGUAGUGUGGAAAUAUUGUUAAACCUUAAAAGAUUAAAAAGUUUUGAGGUCCUUGUUUUAAGACGCCUAUGCUCUGUCCUGUGUUUGAAAAAACUGAUAUUUUCCAUGUUUCAGGGGUUUUGGCUAUAGCCGUGUUGGUCUAAGGGCAUAGGCAGACAAGGCUCUUUGGGUAAAUGUGAUAUCUUUUAUUAGACCAGAUAGUUGGUCUAAUAAAAGAUACCACAUUUACCCAAAGAGCCUUGUCUGAAAAAAAAAUCCCACAUUUACUCAGGGGAACCUUUUAUUUUUGGCCAAUAGUGAUGGCUUACUCGUUUUCUUUUUGCAUCCUCUAAAACUGCAAUGAUCAACUUUGCAUAUGUUUAAAUUUUUUAUCAGUAAAGAUGAGUUAAUAAACAUUCAUUUUGGACUGACGAUGAUGUAAUGCUAGCUACUUUGUGAACAAAAUGCAUUAUGUUUUGUAGCUGGCAGGGAAAUACAAUAUGCAAAUUCUUUAUAGCAUGAUUUGUUUAGGGCUCCAGGCAAAAACAGUGGAUCUCUUCAGGUAUUGAAGAACUAACUAUUCAUUUUCCUGGUUCUGUUUCUUUUGCUUUCUUCUUGAUCAAAAGGUUUAGCAACCUUUUUAAUUUUGGGAAAAUAAUGCUUUUCAAGAAGAAUGUCUUCAACAGAUUGGAAUACAUUAUAAUGUCAUUUAUUAUGGCGAUAGUAAAACAGCAUAAAAUUCUAUGUGGCACAGAGUAGCAAAAAGCAUGACACUUGUAACGCUUUACAUUGUUAUCAGUAUCUGUUCUGUUUUAAUAGCAAUUUCACAUCAGAGAACAUUUGCUGUGUCAACAUCUUGUUUAAAUACAGUAGGGUUUGUUCAGUUUGUUAAACAUUAGUUUACCUGGGGACGCUGCUUAAAUCAAGAUUCUGAUAGGCCUGCUGACCCUGAUGUCAGUCUUGGCUCAGCUCCCAAAGGUGCACAAAUGGGAUCUGUUUUGUUACCAGGUAAAUGAAAACUCCUGAGAGAUUGUGAUGGGUUUUGUUGUGGACGAGAGAGUUUUUGAGGACAACAAAAUAUUUCCUCAUCUUAAUUUUAAAGACUUUCCAUUACCAACCAAACUGUAUAACCCCUUUCAAGAUGUUUUAUCUAGUAGCUGGGGAUUUUUUGAGUGGUUAAUCUUAUUUCAAGGAGAAUCUUAAAUCAGCUUUUUAGAGGCUGCUUCAAGAAUUAGGAGCUGAUAAGAGAAAGUAGGAAUUUUGAUCUGUCCUUUUAGCUUUAAAAAUAAUGAGGCCCUUAAGCAGCAGGAGGGAAAAGGACUCAUUUAAUCCAAGGAAACAUUGUUUUUCUUUGUAAUGAUUUUCUAUACUUAAAUUUUUCUUUUUGUUUUAUAGGGAAACCUACUGAAGGGAUUUAUAAAGCCCCCUAAUGUGUAACUAUUGGAUGAAUGAAUAUACCUCUUCCCUUGGCAUUGGAGUCUUCCAUUCAGGAAUAGAGGUGUACGGUAGAGAAUUUGCUUAUGGUGGUCAUCCUUACCCUUUUUCUGGCAUAUUUGAAAUUUCUCCAGGAAAUGCUGCUGAACUAGGAGAAACAUUUAAAUUUAAAGAAGCAGUAGUUCUAGGCAGUACCGACUUCAUGGAAGAUGACAUAGAAAAAAUUGUGGAUGAGCUUGGGAAAGAAUUUAAAGGAAAUGCCUACCAUUUAAUGCACAAAAACUGCAAUCACUUUUCUUCAGCUUUAUCUGAGAUUUUAUGUGGGAAAGAGAUUCCACGGUGGGUGAAUCGCCUUGCCUACUUCAGCUCUUGUAUACCAUUUCUCCAAAGCUGCCUGCCGAAGGAAUGGCUGACUCCUGCAGCACUGCAAUCUAGUGUAAGCCAGGAGCUGGAGGAUGAUCUGGAGGAAGCAGAGGAUGCAGCAGCAUCAGCUGUCCUGUCGAGCUCAGCAUCUGGGUCUAGAACUGGACGUCAUGCCAGACCAUAAAUCUUUCCUCAAAGUAACAGAUGGGUCAAAACAUUUCUGUUUUAAUAUCUCCAGCACCUGACGUCGUUACAGAACAUCAGAGAGCUGAUUCUAAACAUUCCUUUUGUAUGCAAAAAUGGCUCUCUCCAAUUCUUGUUAUUUCAGCUCAGGAUUAUAUAAUGCAGUGAAAAGAAUCGCUGGGAGAAAGGGGAAGGAUCUUGUGUGAAGCCACCCUUUUCAUUUUCACCUAGUUGUCAAAAAUUGGAUUUACAUAGCAGAUCUUAUAUAAAGCAAAACUUAAGUUAUUUGUUUACAGUAUUGUGUACUGCUGUUUACAAGUCCAGUAUGGACUCCUGCCACCAUGAAAGAAGAGAAAUUCAGAGCUCAGUUCAUCCCUGGUGUAACCCAAAUCCAAAGCAGUGGAGUCAUGCUGGGGAUAAAUUUUGCCUGAAGUCUUCAUGAUUUAGGCAGGCAAACUUUCAACUUCUGAUGGUUGCCAGAAAUUGCUGAACACUAUGUCUGUGAACAGGGUACUAUAUACUUAAAGGGGCUACAAUAAAGAAGUAGAAUGUAGGCUAUAGGGAGUAACUGAGAUGUUACUGAAAGUAUGACCUCUAUGUUAACUAAGUUGUAGAUUUUUGCACAUAUGGAAGGAAGUUUAUAUUUCAUUACGUGAUGCAUUUACCCCUGCACACUCAUUUCUUAGUUUUAAUAGAUGCUACACCUUCUUCCUCCAUUAAAUCUUGUUUGAAGCAGGCAUAUAGAAAGUCAUUUUGGUUUGAACAAACUCAUUAAAUUGCACUGCUUAGUUUAUUUAACUUUAUCUCAAUUAAGCAAGUUGAUACUUUGAGUUGCUUUAUAGAUUCCCUUUCUUUCAUUUAUGUACCAUUGAAACAAUGUAAUACAAGACUUGCUUAGGGGUUGGGAAAGGCAAUACUCCUUGUAUUCACAGUUCUGCUUGAGCUUUUUGUAAUAAUCCCUACCUCCUGAAAACAAAAUGCGAAUUCUUGUCCGCAAGAUUCUUGUACAACUGCAAAAAUAUUAUAGAGAAUAUUUGAUUUUCUGUAUCUCCAUCUAUGGCAUUAACUUGUUUGUCAAAUGCAGUGAAGGCAAGAAACAUGAAGGUUACAUAUGCACGUGCAUAUUUACACAGCAGAACCCCAUGAAUCUACAAAUUAUCAUUAUGCUUCUCAGGCUAGCAGAUCCAAGAUUUCAUUAUUUUGGAAACUAUGACAGUUUGUUGGUACAUGAUUGUAAUUGGAGAAUAAUAUGAAAUGCCUUACUCUUGUACUGUUCACCUACAUGUUUUUUAGAAUUAAAUAGUAACUUUACAACGGCUCUUCUAGCCAUCUCCACAGAUGUGGUAAGGUUCUGCUGUGCCUAUAAAACCAUAAUAGCACAAACCUGGGCGUGAGCUUCUGAUUUUUAUAGGAUUUGCUGCCUUAAGGAUCUUUCAGAGAACUAUUUAAAAAAAAAAAAAACCCCUAAAACAACCAGAACACCAUUUUUAAAAUGAGCAGCUCAGACAGAAAUCUGUAUUACAAAACUCAAACAAUUCUUAAAAAGUUUUAUUUGUCUGUUGCUAUGUUCACUAAGUGAAAUAUUUGUGGUUUUAAAAUAAGGGUGUUUUAAUAACCUAAGAGAAAAAUGCUGACUCAGUAGAUUCUGCUAUCAAUCAAGCUCUCAGUUGGUGAGAGGAGAUAAUGCUGUAGGUUAUGAAUAUCAACCUUAGGCAAGCAGUGCCACUUAAGCUCUCACAAGUGCAGAUUAGGCUGUGUUCUCUACACAGCCUCCAUGAUGGUCCCACUGAUUCCUGUCGAAGUUGGUGAAAAUGUUGUUGCUGGCUUCCGUAGCAGGUCAUUUGGGCCCACUAGUAAACAAUUUGCAAACAAACUGUAAUUGCUUAACAAAACAUUGGGUUUUUCUUUUGAGGUAAUGUAGUAAAGUGGAGAGGGGAAAAAGAAGCCAGGUAAAAUAGCUUGUUAAAUGUGUGUUCAGUUCUAAGAAAUCAAACUAGAUACCAAAUGAGGCUGUUUCUAGGAAUAACACAAGGUAUUAUGACGUCUUACUUAAAUGAGUAGUUUCUUGUUACGUAUUUACUAAAUCUUUGGAUAAAUAACAAGUGGAUAUUCGAGAUUGCUUAUUAAAUCUAUGGUAAUUCCAGUUUCCCUUGGUUGCUAGUUGAAGUGUGCUUAGUCAUCAGAAGCAGAUGUAUUGACUUUCCACACAGAUUUAUUUUCAUAGGAAAUUCUGAGUAAAGUUCAGUCUAACUUUCCUCAUUGAAAAUGAAUGUGGUGGUCAGUCAUCCAGUCAGUUAUCAAAGAUAAAUGGAAGUAAAUUGAAUGCUACAUACACUUAAGACAAUAGCAUGUAGAUGCUGUUUCUGCCUCAGCUGUAGAACGGAGGUGGUAAAAUUACUUAAGCCCCUUGGCCAAGGCAGGUCCUUACUCUUCAGCUCAGGGUUGAGGCCACUGAUGAAUUUUAAAUCUAGCAAUGUACUGUAGCUUUUCUUAGGUUUUGGAGAGACACUAGUUUUCAUUGCUACCUAACCUUUAUGUACCAAAAUCAGAUUUUUAGGCUUCUGAGCUAUCCAGAGUGCUAUGUCACAAACCUCUACACUUUCCUAAACAGACGCAACUUACAGCAUGUACAAUGCAAGAAACAAAAUGACAGAUCACAGCACAGUUUUUAUUUAGAAGUAGUAAAACAAAGAAUAUUUUUUAUAAAGCAGACUGGAAAGUUUGUUACAAACAAUGCUCGUUUUAUCUGUAGCUGUAUAAGUGAAGAAAAUGUCUUUAUGUUGUGAUGUUUAUUUCAAGCCAUCCAUUCAUUUAUAAAAUGUAUGAAGGAACUGACUUCUGAACCCUGAAGCCUAUUCCCUAUUGUAUCAUGAGGUGAUGGUACCAUAGCUUAUGAUGAUCACGGGCUGUUAACUCAGUCUCCACUUGAUGCCUAAAAGAAACCACCCUGCCAGCGGUUGCUCUCAUUUGUUAGCAAUAGUGCAAGUUACUUUUCACCAGCAUUACUGUCAAGCAGGGGAUGACACUUUUAGUCUACUAAUGACCACACUGUGCUAGGACUAGACCACUCCAAAAUGCUGCGAGAAUGCUGGACACUUGAGGAGUUUUUCCAUCACAAAACGGGUAGAAAAAUAAGUCACUGCUUCAGGGUUCUACUCUGUUUACUUUCUCAUCCUUUGAUUUUCUGUAAGGUACUACUUUUGAUACGUGCUGUAUUUUCUUUAAUUAUGAAAAUCUUUAUUUAUUUAAGAUGCCAUUUUAUUUUGUUCAGCAAGCCAAAACAAUCAAUAUGCUGUCAGUGUGCACCAAGAACUUCAGAAUAGUUUGGUAAAAAUGCAGUUGGAUUAAAUUUUAAAACUAGCAAUGCAAUUCUAAUCACAGUUGAUACAUGGGAAUUUUCACUGUUAAAAGUUGGUUACAAGGUGUUCAAUCUUCAAUGACACAUAUUUUUGUAAACUUGAAUACAAGUUUACUGUAAUUCAUAGUAUUUGUAUAAAAUUCAAAGAAUUUUGACUUUUGUUACCUUGACAUGACAACAAGCUAUCAUGUUCAACUUAAAUCCAUUGAUUUAUUAAAAAUACUUUUAUAAAAGCUGCUUGCUGUUGAAGUAU